UGCUCCCUGCCGGGAGGUGACACUGCAGCCCCACCGUGCGGCCACAGGAGGCUCCUGCAACCCGCCCGUAGCUCUGCGGACGCCCACAGCCUCCCACCAGCGUCCAUCAGCGGCGGCAAAAACAGCUAAGAAACAGCAGCUUGCAUUUAUUUGAACGUUUGCUGCGAGCUAAACACCGUGCCUACUGCUGCACAGUUAUUUAUUCCCAUCUCACAGAAAAGGAGUCAGAGGCCCGAGCGAACUUGUCAAAGUAACUCUGGAUGGAGAGAACCAGCCAGGCACUGGUUCGGCAUUUUACUAGAUACUGAGAAAUCUGGAACAGGCGGUUUCCAAGCCCUCCCAUCUUCCUGGUGCUGGCUGCCGUCUCCGUUUCUGCUCCACUGAGCGUCACCCACCUCUCAAUGUUGAACGAAAAUGGUGUCCUGACUACAAAAGCCUAGAAGCCAAGGAUUUGUCUUCUCAGAUGCCCAAGAACUUGGCAGAAAAAGAGCCUUUGGGUCUAAGAACCAGAACGUGUAAAGUGGGCUGUCCCGGCUUCGUGGAAGGGGGCGAGGACGGGCGGUGCCCUACACUCAGCUGGAGUUCUAGGCCUGCGCUGCCUGCAGUUGCCUCGGUGACACUGGGAAGUCCCUUCGUCACGACUCCAACCUCCCUGGUGAAAGGGGAGGCUUCUAGAUAAAGGUAACCUCUUCUCCUCCCCUCCCAGUAUCUCCGCUGAGCACAGCGGCCUCCUGCCCCACCCAAACCAGCCCAGACAUUCCUGGUGAAACCUUGAACUGCUGCUUGAAAGACCCCUGCACACACCGUGGUUCAGUCCCUGAACUUUGGCCUGAACUAGGUCCUUAAGGCCUCGGCAGGCUGGAGUCCUCUAAGGCGAGAAAGGCUUCGUGCCUCUGACAAAGGGCCUGGGGAUGGGGGUGGGGGGGCUGCAUUAUGAUGACCUCACCCAUUCUAUGACAUCACCCUCCCUCCCACCCCACCCCCUCCUCUCUGGUCAGCUGCUCUGCAAACAACCAUCAGUCCAAAUCCCAAAGGCCUGAAAAAGUCUGCCCUCCAGUACUGGCUACUGAACUCUGUCUCAGCCAACGAGAAGCAGCAUGAAAUUGGAAUUCACAGAGAAAAACUACAACAGCUUUGUGCUGCAGAACUUGAACAAACAGAGGAAGCGCAAAGAGUACUGGGACAUGGCCCUGACUGUGGACCACCACGUCUUCUUCGCCCAUCGCAACGUGCUGGCUGCCGUCUCGCCGCUGGUGAAAAGUCUCAUCUCCAGCAAUGACAUGAAGACCACCGACGAGCUCUUCCUCACCAUUGACCCCAAAUACCUGAGUCCAGGCACGGUGGACCAGCUCCUGGACUACUUCUACAGCGGCAAAGUGGUGAUCUCAGAGCAGAAUGUGGAGGAGCUUCUUCGGGGCGCUCAGUAUUUCAACACCCCACGCCUCCGGAUUCACUGCAAUGACUUCCUUAUUAAGUCCAUUCGACGUGCCAACUGCUUGCGCUACCUCUUCUUGGCUGAGCUGUUCGAGCUCAAAGAAGUGUCAGACUUGGCCUACUCCGGCAUUCGUGACAACUUCCACUUCUGGGCCAGCCCCGAGGGCUCUAUGCACUUCAUGCGCUGCCCACCCGUCAUCUUUGGCCGCCUGCUCCGUGAUGAAAACCUUCACGUGCUUAACGAGGACCAGGCUCUCAGUGCCCUCAUCAAUUGGGUGUACUUCCGGAAGGAGGAACGGGAAAAAUACUUCAAGAAGUUCUUCAAUUACAUCAAUCUCAAUGCCGUCUCCAACAAGACAUUGAUGUUUGCCAGCAAUAAGCUGACGAGUUUGGAGAACAGCUCCGUCCACGCGACCUUGAUCGAGAGCGUCCUAAUGGACCGCAAGCAGGAGCGGCCAUGCAGCCUGCUGACCUAUCAGCGGAAAGGGGCCCUGCUUGACUCAGUGGUCAUUCUUGGUGGCCAAAAGGCCCAGGGCAAGUUCAACGAUGGAGUGUUUGCGUAUAUCAUCCAGGAGAACUUGUGGCUGAAGCUCUCAGAGAUGCCCUACCGAGCCGCGGCGCUGAGCGCAACUGCUGCCGGCCGUUACAUCUACAUCUCCGGUGGCACCACUGAGCAGAUUUCAGGACUAAAGACGGCGUGGCGCUAUGACAUGGAUGAUAACUCCUGGACCAAGCUGCCUGACCUACCCAUUGGGCUUGUCUUCCACACCAUGGUGACCUGUGGGGGAACAGUGUACUCAGUGGGUGGGAGCAUUGCCCCACGCAGGUAUGUCUCCAACAUCUAUCGCUAUGAUGAGCGAAAGGAAGCCUGGUGCCUGGCAGGGAAAAUGAGCAUCCCUAUGGAUGGUACAGCAGUGAUCACCAAGGGUGACCGGAACCUGUACAUUGUCACUGGCCGAUGCCUGGUGAAGGGCUACAUCUCCCGGGUGGGUGUAGUGGACUGCUUUGACACCAACACAGGGGAAGUGGUCCAGUGUAUCACUUUCCCCAUUGAAUUCAACCACCGGCCUCUGCUCUCUUUCCAUCAAGACAACAUCCUCCGUGUGCACAGCCACCGGCAGAGCGUGGAAAUCAACUUACAAAAGAUAAAGGCCAACAAGUCAACGACCUCAGUGCCUCUGUUGCCCAACAACUGUCCCUUGGAUGUGUCCCACGCUAUCUGCUCCAUUGGAGACAACAAGGUAUUUGUGUGUGGGGGUGUCACCACGGCCAGCGACUUCCAGACAAAGGACUACACCAUCAAUCCUAAUGCUUACUUGCUGGACCAAAAGUUAGGAGAAUGGAAGACCCUCGCCUCCCCGCCGGAGGCACUGGACUGUCCCGCCUGCUGUCUAGCCAAGCUACCUUGCAAGAUUCUUCAAAGAAUUUAAACAGCUUUUUAAGUGGGAGAAUAAGUAAAUGCAUUAUUAGUCACAAUUUCAUGACAGAAAGCAAGAGAGGAAAUGUGGCCCUUGGGUUGCUCUUAGUGCAGUCAAUGCUCGGGUCUGAGAGUGGAACUCCUGGGCUGGGGAUGCUAUCCGUGGGUAGAUGCUCAGGGUGAACGAGUCUCUGGAGCUAACUAGCGGAGACUGGCGUGGAGUCUCUGGUUGGUGGG